AUGAGCAUUCUGUCCUGCUGCAGGGUUUCAAGAAGUGAUACAAUGAGGAAGUCGGCUUUGAAAUCUUCGAAAAGUUACGUCAAAGAUGGUAAGACGAAGAAGAAAUUCGACAAUGCGGAGGCUUUGUCCACGACCGGGAGGAGCAUAUCGUUGAAUCCCGUUGGGAUGAAGCAGAGGAUAAUAGCAGAGGAUAUAAUGAGGCAUGGAAAUGGGAGGGUCCCAGCUGAGGUGUUCACUUUCCGAGAACUCGCCAACGCUACCGAUAACUUCAACCCGGAAUUGCUCGUCGGAGAAGGAGGGUUCGGGAGGGUCUACAAGGGAUAUCUCAAGAAAACAAAUCAAAUUGUGGCUGUUAAGCAACUCGACCGAAACGGGGUCCAAGGGAAUCGGGAGUUUCUAGCCGAGGUCCUUACAUUGAGCCUCGUUCACCACUCGAGCCUCGUCAACUUGAUCGGGUAUUGUGCGGAUGGCCGCCAGAGGAUUCUGGUUUACGAGUUUAUGGAAAACGGGUCCUUAGAGGAUCACCUUCUUGAUUUACCGCCAAAUGUGAAGGCUCUGGAUUGGUACACGAGGAUGAAAAUAGCGAAAGGGGCGGCUCAAGGGCUCGAGUACUUGCAUGACAUGGCUAACCCUCCGAUAAUAUAUCGAGACUUCAAGGCGUCUAACAUACUUCUUGAUGAGACGUUCAGUCCCAAGUUGUCGGAUUUCGGGCUAGCCAAGCUGGGGCCCACGGGUGGGCAGGACCAUGUGUCGACUCGCGUGAUGGGGACGUACGGGUAUUGCGCCCCGGAAUAUGCGCAAACGGGCCAACUGACGACAAAAUCAGACGUUUAUAGUUUUGGGGUUGUGUUUUUGGAGAUCAUUUCUGGAAGAAGGGCGAUUGACAACACGAAGCCACCCGAGGAGGAAAAUCUUGUUGCUUGGGCAAAACCGCUUUUCAAAGACAGGCGAAAAUUUACGCAAAUGGCGGAUCCGUUGCUCGAGGGGAACUACCCAGCAAAAGGGUUGUACCAAGCACUUGCAGUUGCAGCAAUGUGUCUUCAAGAGGAAGCCAGCACGAGGCCUUUAAUCGGAGAUGUUGUCACAGCACUUGAAUUUCUAGCAAUGAGGACAGAUGAAGAUGUUACUAGUGAAACAAAUGCAUGA